AUGAAUACUCGUCCUGAUAUCUCAUUCACAGUAAAUGCUCUUGGUGUCAAAAGUAGUAAUCCAACUUUUAAAAGUAGUAAUCCAACUUUUGAAGACUACGAUAUGAUGAUAUACUGUAUUUUAUACCUCAAAAAGAAUAGGGAUAUUUGUAUCAAAUAUGAAUCAAAUACAUUACCUAGAAUGAGAGAGAAAUUCAUAGUAUAUGGUAUGUCAGAUGCUUCAUUUGGUCCACCAGGUGAUAGAAAAUCUAUAACUGGAUAUUCUAUUUAUGUAAAUGGAAAUCUAUGCUCCUGGGGAACUAAAAAGCAAAGGUACCUUACAAAUUCAUCAAUGAUUGCUGAAAUAGUUGCAUUAGGAGAAACUACAAAUAGAGCCAUGAAACUUAGAGAUACAAUUCUAGCAUUGGAUUUCACCAGCACCAAAGUUACAAUAUUUGAAGAAGAUAAUGAACUAGUUAUCAAAUAUACAUACAAUCAUAAGAUAAGUAGUUCAAGAAGAUCUAUAGAUAUAUGCAUGAAGAUAAUUCGUGAUAUUUGUUAA